ACGUGCAGUCUUGGAUCUGAUCGCUCUUAUGGUAUCUAUGCGGCAGCCUCCUGGAAGGUGAAACCCUAACUAGUUGACACCUCUCAGCUCUCAUCCGUGCCUGUGUGUUGGAGAAAAAGACAGGGAGACUAUUAUUCCCAGGCUAGUUUAUGGAAAGAGAGAGAUAUAUGGGAGGGGUACUUAGUUCUGUGUUAGGUGGUGGAAGUAAGAAAACGCCAGAAGAAUUACAAAUGGUUUUAGCAAAAGCAAAAGAAAUUGUUUCUUCAACUCCAGUGGUUGUCUUCAGCAAGACAUACUGUGGGUUUUGCACUAGUGUUAAAAAGUUGUUGACACAGCUCGGAGCAGCUUUCAAGGUCAUCGAAUUGAACCAAGAGAGUGAUGGGGAUGAUAUCCAAGCUGCACUGCUGGAGUGGACUGGACAAAGGACUGUUCCUAAUGUAUUCAUCGGAGGAAAACAUGUCGGCGGCUGCGACAGUGUUACUGGUCUGCAUCAAAAAGGUAAACUGGUGGAUAUGCUCACUGAAGCUGGGGCUAUUGGAAACAACUCUUCCCAGCUGUAAUCAAUAACUAAUGCUGCCAGCAUUAAUCAGCAGAGGAUGCUGUAUAUCAGAACAACAAGAAGUUUAAUGGAUGUGUGUUUUCUCUAGUGUGGUGCUUAUACUUAUGGUUUAGUUCUAAAGUUACUAAUAAAAGAAGUUCUGAGUUUCUUUCUUUACAUAAGACGGUUUCUAUUUCAUUUUGUUAAUGAAGGAAAUGAAACAAACAAACAUGUUGGAAUCUCUCAUGGGUAUAAAAGAGUAAAUGUAUUUUACUUAUUUGAUAAAGAAUGGAGUACACUCGAAAUGUUAUUAUUUCUUUCCUCUA